UGCGUUUUUCAGACUUUUAUUAUGGUUCAUUGGAAAACAUUAUAUCAGAUGUUUAAGUGUUUACAUACCACGGGAUGUGACGAAGGUAAACAAAAAUAGCCUCGCGUGCACCAAACAUCAGCUCAUGCGUGCGUUUAUUCUUCCUCUACCUCCUUCUCCUCCAUCAGGAGAUCCAGUCCGCCUCUCAGGGGAAGAAUACAUCUGCUGAAGGAGCUGCUGUCAUCUUAUCUCAUGUGACAUCACACAUCCAUGAAUCUUAGCGGAACAUAAGCAUCAGCGUGUUCCUCCAGCAUCCAUCAGAGCGCACAGCAGACUGGAGGAUGAUGGACAUGUCGGGAAUGAAUCGAGGUGUUCGGGAUGAAGGUGAGACAGAUUUAGGAGGCUGGGAGUGAACAAUAAAGGGAGACAGAGAGAAAGAAAGAGGAGGUUGGUGAUAAUGAAGGACCGGGGUUGUUUUAUGGAUGAACGAGGCAAACCAGCCACCUUCACCGGAGACAAGAAAGCGAAAAUGGCCGCGAGGACCAACAAGCAUUGGGUCAGACUGGCCACCGUGUUCGCUUACGUUCUGUCCGUAUCUCUGGCUGCCAUCAUCCUCGCCAUUUACUACAGUCUGAUCUGGAAGCCGACUGCCACUGGAUCUGCCUUCAGAAGGCCCAAGAUCUCGGUCCUGGGCUGUGCGUCGUGGUCCGUGAACGAUCCGGAGAACAUCACAAGCGCUCCUGAGCUCUUCCACACCAACAGCACGAGCGCAUCCUCGUCCUCCUCAUCGUUAUCAUCAUUACCAUCCUCAGAGCUGCAGGAGAACACCACGGCUUUCCGGAACAAAACAGAACCGAGCCUGGGUUCUACUGACGCGCCCCCGAGCCGCGCGCCAACGCAGCAGGAACCGGGCCAAACGCAGGACCUUGGGUCGUUUAUAACAGCCGUGAGGACUCUUGAGGAAACCGGGGGGUCUGAUUUUCAGCACGGAUAUGAGGAAGGGUCUGGGGGUGAUGGCGCACUAGAAAAACAAGUUGCAGAACCACAAAAAGAAGAGACGUUUGUGAGGACGCGCAAAGCGGCGUCUCCAAACCGGCAGCAGAGAGCGAAGAAUCACCAGCGCAGAUCCACGCACACGGUCCCGGAUUGAACCUAAGGAGAACACUUAUUAGUAUCAUUAUUAUUAUUAUUAUUAUUAUUAUUAUUAUUAUUAUUAUUAUUAUUUUGGACACGAAGGA